CAUACGUGACUCUAUCUUCUUCCCUUCUGUGCUCUCGUCGCCUGUCGCUCGGUACGCCUCGGUCGGUGUCCAGAUCGCCGGUCGGCAGCCACCCGGCGGUGUCCGGUAUCCUAUUUCCCGCAUUCCUAUUUCCCGCCGCCGCCGCCGCCGCCGCCCCGCCAUCGCUGAACCAUGUCGGCCGUAGUCCGACGAACACUCUUUGAUCUAAUUGCCACGCCGAUAUUACGCAGUCACAGCUCGGUUCUUGUCAGGAUUCGAGCUUAUUCUCAGGAGACUUCGCACAGUGGAGCGCCGACUGGCCUCUAUGGGAUCCAACAUCUGAAGAAUCCCAAAGGCUUUCAACGCUUUGUGGACGAGGCUAUCGAAAGGUCGACAGAAUUGGUGACCUAUAUAUGUGGGAUGCCUUCGGCGGCUGAGAUAAUUCGAGCCAUGGAUGAGAUUUCAGACAAGGUUUGCUCAGUUGUGGAUUCCGCAGAGCUUUGUAGGAAUACUCAUCCUGACAGGGAGUUUGUUGAGGAGGCCAACAAGGCGUCAAUGAGAAUUAACGAUUAUCUACAUUACCUUAAUACAAACCAUAGUCUGUAUGAUGCGGUGAAAAAAGCUGAAGAUGAGGGUCACCUGCUUACAAAAGAAGCUCAAAGGGCUGCUAGCUAUCUGUGCUUAGACUUUGAAAAGGGCGGAAUUCAUCUUAGCAGUGAGAAACUGGAGAGAGUCAAUCAGCUAAACACAGAAAUUUCUCAAUUGUGCCAGGAGUUUGGCCAAAAUAUGGCCGUUGACAUGGGUUCUGUGGAUGUAUUUCCAGCUACACGCAUUCCCAAACAUUUGCAUAGGAUCUGUAAGCCCAUAUAUAGGUCCACAUCGGGAAUGUCGAUGGGAUCAACAAAGUACGAGCAACAUGAAGAGAAAGGAUCUCGAAUAAUUACAGACCCAGCUAGUCUUUCUUCUGUUUUGCAAUGGGUAGCAGAUGAAGAGGUCAGGAAAAUGGCUUACAUUGAAGGGAAUUCCGUCCCAGUUGCAAACUUGGGAGUCCUUGAUAAGCUUAUAGCUGCUCGCCAUGAGCUAGCACAGAUAACAGGGUAUGCAUCCUAUGCAGAAUUUGCACUAAAGCAAAACAUGGCUUCUUCACCUGAUGUCGUGAUGUCCUUCUUGCUUGAGAUGAGUGAGAUGGUCAGAGACAAGGCUGAUAAGGAGUUUAAUGCAAUUCAAAAUUUUAAAAGGCAGAAAAGUGGUCAGUGCGUAGAUUUAGAGCCAUGGGAUGAGGCUUACUAUACAGCUAUGAUGAAGUCCUCGAUGUAUGAUCUGGACUCCUCAGUUGUAGCCUCAUAUUUCCCUUUACCAAGGUGUAUUGAGGGAUUGAAGAUCCUGGUGCAGUCACUAUUUGGUGCUACAUUUCAUAGCGUUCCUCUGGCACCAGGUGAAUCCUGGCACUCAGAUGUACUUAAGAUGGCUCUUCAUCACCCUGAAGAGGGGGAUUUGGGUUAUCUAUACCUUGAUUUGUAUGCAAGGAAAGGCAAAUAUCCAGGUUGUGCUCAUUUUGCAAUAAAAGGGGGCCGUUGGAUUUCUAGCACAGAGUACCAACUUCCUGUUGUGGCCCUGAUUUGUAACUUUUCAGGUUCACAUAAUUCGUCACUUGCAAGGCUUAAUCAUUUUGAAAUAGAGACUCUGUUCCAUGAAUUUGGCCAUGCUCUUCAUUCUUUGCUGUCGAGAACGGAGUACCAACACUUUUCUGGUACCAGGGUGGCUCUUGACUUGGCUGAAACGCCUUCAAACCUUUUUGAGUACUACACAUGUGAUUACCGGGUCUUGAAGACAUUUGCUAAGCACUAUUCCACUGGUGAAACAAUACCAGAAAAGUUGGUUGAGUCAAUGCAAGGUGCCAAAAAGAUGUUUGCAGCAACCGAGUUACAGCGCCAGAUCUUUUAUGCUUUGAUUGAUCAAACACUUUUUGGGGAUCAAUUAGCUGGACAAAGAGAUACAAGCUCAGUUGUUGCUGAUUUGAAAAGUCAAUAUACUAGUUGGAGGCAUGUCGAAGGUACACAUUGGCAGACUCGGUUUAGUCACCUUCUAAAUUAUGGUGCAGGUUAUUAUAGCUACUUGUAUGCCAAAUGUUUUGCGGCAACCAUAUGGCAAAAGCUGUGUCAAGAUGAUCCGCUGUCAUUAACUACGGGAACUGCUUUGCGAACAAAGUUUCUCCAGCAUGGGGGAGCCAAAGACCCAUCUGAAAUGCUGAAAGAUCUCGUAGGGGGCACUGGGAUUGUGAAGAACUUGAAUGGGGGAAUUGUUCCGGAUACUGCAAGCCUUGCAGAUGAGAUGGGUUUGGUUGACUAUAACACAAAGUAGAUGGAAGGAAAGGAGAAGUUUGUGUAACUUCGAUCUAAUGGGUUUUUCCUUUUUAGUUGUAUUUAGGACGCGUUUGAUAACGUUUAUGUUCCGGGGAACAAUUUCUGAAUAGACAUAGUUUUUUCUGUU